CACUUCAAGAGUCACCUGCCCCUGCAAGUUGUUGGUAAAUUUCUUAAAAUUCAAAAGAUUGUUCACAUUUCUCAGUUUCAAAUCUUGUCACAAAUUGGAUCCAAUAGAACCUUGUGAAUUUCGACCAUGAACCCCAACCCAAACCCUAACCCUAACCCUAACCCUCCAUCAUCAUCAGUUGAUUGUCGUUCUUCGGAUUACGCACCAUACCCAAAGCUUGAUCCGAAGGACGUGGCUCCACCACCGGUAUCUGAUCAGAGCUGGACUCAUCCUCCCUCUCAGCAGCCUUCCGGACCUGCGCCUAUAUCUGGCAGCGCUGCAACAACGAUGCCUACUGACUCUAAUCCCUAUGUUACUCCCGACCCUGCUCAACCCCCUCCCUCUUUAGUCAAGAAUAAAAUGGAUUCAGUUAAGGAUGUCCUUGGAAACUGGGGAAAGAAGGCUGCAGAGGCAACUAAGAAGGCUGAGGAUCUUGCUGGGAAUAUGUGGCAGCACUUGAAAACAAGCCCCAGUUUGGCUGAUGCCGCUAUGGGAAGAAUUGCUCAAGGCACAAAGGUCUUGGCAGAGGGUGGUUAUGAGAAAGUCUUUGGACAAACAUUUGAGACUCUCCCCGAGGAAAAACUUUUGAAGUCAUAUGCAUGCUACUUAUCUACUUCUGCUGGUCCAGUCAUGGGAGUUCUCUAUUUAUCCACUGCCAAACUAGCAUUUUGUAGCGAUAAUCCCCUUUCAUACAAAGUUGGUGAUCAGACACAAUAUAGCUACUACAAGGUGGUUCUCCCAGUAGAUCAACUUAAAGCUGUUAAUCCAUCAACUAGCAAGAUCAAUCCAGCUGAGAAGUACAUCCAGAUUAUCUCAGUUGACAAUCAUGAGUUUUGGUUUAUGGGUUUUGUUAACUACGAUAGUGCUGUAAAAAAUUUGCAAGGUGCUCUGCUGGGUCAUCAUUCAUAGCUGGUGCGUCAAUUUCUUGAUCAUUUCAGUCUUUUUUCAGGGACAGAAUUUUUAGUUCCAUGUUGUGGUUCUGACAGGAAGUGUUGUCUCUGCUGGACGUGGCUUGAUGUUUUCCUUCCUUCAUGGCAAUUUGUUGAAGCUUGCGUUUGCUGUUUUCUGCGGAGUCCAUGACAGUAGUUGGCAAUGGUAGGUUGUUUACUCUCUUUGUCUCGAAUGACAAAAUAAACAACAUCCCUAGAAGCGUGUCUUGAUUUUUCGCGAACGACUUCUUCAUUUGGAUAUUGAAUGUCUUGCCCAUCAGUUUGUUGUUCACAUUUGCGAGGGGCAACAAUUGUUUCUGGAAAAUUAGAAUUGUUAGUUAAGCAUCAAAAAUUGAAGUAAGUGAUUAAGUCUUUAUAUUUUCUUUGAAGAAAGGCUUCUUUAGGAGA